GGUCGAUCAAUUCUUACUCCAGGACCUGAUAGCUAACGAGUAUGGCUUUCAGGUCCACACUCGUCAAUCACAGAAACAUUCGAUUCCGAGUAUCUAAGAAAUCUGAGUGUUCAAGAUGGCAUCAGCUCAUGAUCGUGGGUCGGUAACAACGUAACCGCCAUUGCAUCACGCAGUCAAGCACUCGGUUACCGUUCGCCAACAUUGGCCCAGAAUCAAUGUACCUAAACGUUUCCCUCGCGUGCCAAAGUCUCCGAUAGACUCUUGAGCAAGCAAGUAUAAGGAUCCGACUUCACCUUCUCCAGAGUCUGGAUCAUUAGCGUCGGCAUCAGCAUCAGGUUCAAUAGUAGCGUCACCAACUGCCACCACCACGUUUAACAUCCCACGAACUCAAGAAUGCGAUCUAUCAUUCUGCUCUCCCUCCUCACGGCCCUCAUCGCCGCCUCUCCCAUCCGCUCUCCUCGAAGCCCCAAUACUGCACUCGUACCGAUCAACAAGCGCUUCGAAGCCAGUGUCCCCUGGAUUUGGCGCCCUAAGAAGGCGGACUUCGAGCAAUUUGAAGAUGAGGGCGACGAGACCUCCACCGAGACCAAUGCCGACGCCAAUGCCGACGCCAAUGCCGUAAUCAGCAAGCGAAACAAUGGUCCUUGGCACUGGCAGUCCUGGAACGAGGGUUCUGAGAAGACUGAGGAUGGUGCUGCUAAUGCUGCUGAGGGUGUGAAGGGUGGGCAGGAGUGAGCUGCUACUUGGUACCUAGCUGAGCCUUGCCGUUACCAUCAAGUGAAGUGGCUUUGUUUGGGUUACAUGGUUGACGUCCUGGGAUACUGUGUGAGACUAGGAUGCAUGAUGAAUUGAAGCGGUCGGUACCUUCGUUUACUUUGGCGGCUGGAAGCUAGGUGGAAUAGUCUGAAACAUAUGGAAGAAAGGGUCAUGGCCAUCUUUACUUACAUGGGAGGUCCUGGCUGCUUGCCAUUAUUCAACAUAAGACACACCGGCCCUUCCCCUUCUUUCUUUCUUCCUCUUUUUUUUCUCUUGAUCAAUUCAGACUCG